AUGGCUCCAGCCAAGGCUGCUGGAGCAGCGGGAUCCGCUCCCGCUGCUCCCAAGUCCGCUACGGCAGAGUUAUUAGACACUCUGGAGGAGAAAUUUCGGCUUACGACGAAGCAGCAGGAGCUCCUGAUCCGCGUCGCGACGCUUCUGCUAAUCUACAUCCUCGCAUUCGCGACUCGACUCUUCUCCGUGCUCCGUUACGAGAGCGUCAUUCACGAGUUCGAUCCCUAUUUUAACUACCGGACUACCCUGUACCUCACUCGUAAGGGAUUCUACGAAUUUUGGAACUGGUUCGACCACGAGACAUGGUACCCGCUGGGUCGCAUUAUCGGAUUUACUCUCUACCCUGGUCUCAUGGUGACGUCAGCGGUUAUCUACUGGGCUCUCCACGCGCUCUCAUUGGUGGUUCACAUCCGUGAUGUGUGCGUGAUGACUGCUCCGUUCUUCGCGUCUAACACUGCCAUGGUCGCCUAUUUCUUCGGAAAGGAGAUCCGCGAUUCGGGAACCGGACUUAUCGCAGCGAUCUUCCUGGCCAUCUGCCCGGGUUACAUUUCGCGAUCCGUCGCAGGAUCGUACGAUUACGAGUGCAUCGCGAUUUUCGCGAUGAUCCUUACGUUCUUCCUCUUCGUCAAGGCCGUUAACACCGGCUCUCUCGCAUGGGCUGCCGGCGCCGCGCUCACUUACUUUUACAUGGCAGCAUCAUGGGGAGGCUACAUCUUUAUUAUCAAUCUGAUUCCGAUCUACGUGGUGGUGCUGCUGAUCACGGGUCGCUACACCCCGCGGCUCUAUAUCGCGUACAACGCGUUUUACAUAAUCGGAAUGCUGCUGGCGAUGCAGAUCCGCUUCAUCGGCUUCCAGCACGUGCAGUCCAGCGAGCACAUGGCGGCUCUCGGUACCUUCUGCCUCAUCCAGGUGUUUUACUUCGUGGACUGGGUGAAGCACCAGCUGGCGGACCCGAAGCUCUUCCGCACCUUCCUGCGCGUCGUCGUCUUCUCCUUCGGUGGUGUCGGCUCCCUCGCUUUCGCUGUCGGCAUGGCCACCGCUCCGUCUAAUUGCCUCACGCCUUCCUCUCCUAACCCCUGCUUUUCUUUCGUGCAUCACUCUUUCACAUUUUCUCCCCCUCUCCCUCCUUCCCCGUCUAUCCCGCACUCCCCUCUCCCCCUCUCCCCCUCUCCCCCUCUCCCCUCUCCCCCUCUCCGCUCUCCCCUCCUCCCGCUUGCCCGUCUCGCCUCUUCCCCUCUCCCCCUUUCCCCGUCUCGCCUCUUCCCCUCUCCCCCCUUCCCCGUCUCGCCGGUGUUCGGAGGGGUUACAGGUUAUUCCUCCGACGAUAUCAACAAGCUCCAUCAGGCCUGUGGAUGGUUCCUGUGGAUGGUGCGCAUCGGAGGGGGUGUGUUUCCGGACAUAAAGGAGCCGGACUAUCUCAACAAUGGGGACUACCGCACGGAUGCCAAUGGCUCACCCAAGAUGCUCAACUGCCUCAUGUACAAGAUGUGCUACUACCGCUUUGGCGAGCUGCAAACGGAAUAUGGCAAGCCAACCGGGUGGGACCGAGCACGAGGGUAUGAGAUAGGCAACAAGGACAUCGAGCUGGAGUACAUUGAGGAGGCGUUCACCUCUUCCAACUGGAUCGUGCGCAUCUACCGUGUCAAGCAGCCCGACAACCGCUGGUAG